GCCAGCCUCACUGCUGCUUUUAACCUGGAACUGGAGUUGUGUUCGGCCACAGCCCUGGCACUGAACCACUUGGAGAGGAGGAACAAGCAGCUAAUGCAUCCAGCAGCACCUGAGUCUGUGUUCAGCAAGCCGUGGCAGCUCUUGGGCAACAGUCAGACCUUAGGAACAGAGGUAUUCCUUCUGCUUUCCUGUUCAUCUCAGCUGAAGGUGGCUCUCCAGCGAAAAAGGAAGAUCCAUCAUGUAACUCCAGGGCCCCUCCUGGACAAUGGUGUGUGUGCACAAGUGUGGGCCCUGCAGAGGCAGCUGUUGCCUUGUGUAUGCAGAACAAUCCGGAUUCAGCACAGCCUGUUACAAUGCCUUGAGCUAUUCUGUGGAAAAUAGUGACAAAUGGAGUGUGCGACAGCUUCUGCAAGCACGUGAGCAGAAUGUGACUGAUGUCCCAAAGGAUGAGGGGCAGCUGUAUGUCAGAAACUGCACUGAACCAGCUCUCCAUGAAUUCCCCAAUGACAUCUUCACAAACGAGGACAGGAGACAUGGAGCUGUGGUCCUGCACGUCCUCUGUGCUGUGUACAUGUUCUAUGCAUUGGCAAUCGUCUGCGAUGACUUCUUCGUCCCUUCGCUGGAGAAGAUCUGCGAACGCUUGCAUCUCAGCGAAGAUGUGGCUGGGGCAACUUUCAUGGCAGCAGGAAGCUCUGCUCCUGAGCUGUUCACAUCUGUCAUAGGUGUUUUUAUCACAAAAGGAGAUGUAGGCGUUGGAACCAUUGUGGGCUCAGCUGUAUUCAACAUCCUCUGUAUUAUAGGUGUGUGUGGGCUUUUUGCAGGACAGGUUGUUGCGCUGUCGUCGUGGAGUCUCUUGAGAGAUUCAAUCUAUUACACUCUGUCUGUUGUUACACUCAUCGUGUUUAUUUAUGAUGAAAGAGUUUCCUGGUGGGAGUCCUUAGUCUUAGUGCUGAUGUACAUCAUCUACAUCUUUAUAAUGAAGUACAACUCAACCAUACAUCACUGCUUUGAGAGGAAGACAAAAAACUCUGCAAAUAUGGUGAAUGGUUUAGCAAGUAACACGGAAAUGGAUGACACCAGCAACUGCGAUGCCACAGUGGUGUUACUAAAGAAAGGUAACUGUUCCAGAAAUUUCCACCGUAAAGCCUCAGUGAUCAUGGUUGAUGAGCUGCUCUCUGCUUACCCACACCAGCUUUCAUUUUCCGAGGCUGGGCUCCGGAUCAUGAUAACCAGCCAUUUCCCUCCCAAAACACGUCUCUCCAUGGCCAGCCGCAUGUUAAUCAAUGAGAGACAAAGGCUGAUCAACAGCAGGACUUACACCAACAGUGAGUCAGAAGUAGCAAUCAAAAUACCCAUCAAGCACGUGGUGGAGAAUGGAACAGGCCCCAGCAACUCUGCUGAGCGUGGUGUGAAUGGCACGCGGCGGGAUGAGGAUGUGGCCGAGGCCAGGAAUGAGAAUGAGAACGAGGAUAACGAGAACAACGAAAAUGACGAGGAAGAGGAAGAUGAUGAUGAUGAUGACCACGAAGGGCCAUAUACACCUUUUGACCUACCCACUGGCAAGAUAGAAAUGUUGAAGUGGGUCUUCACAUGGCCCUUGAGUUUUGUCCUGUACUUCACAGUGCCCAACUGUAACAAACCCCACUUGGAAAAAUGGUUCAUGGUCACCUUUGCUUCUUCAACCCUGUGGAUUGCAGCUUUUUCUUACAUGAUGGUGUGGAUGGUGACAAUCAUUGGGUACACACUGGGAAUUCCAGAUGUGAUCAUGGGCAUCACUUUCUUGGCAGCAGGAACCAGUGUGCCAGACUGCAUGGCAAGCCUUAUCGUGGCCAGGCAAGGUAUGGGGGAUAUGGCUGUGUCCAACUCCAUCGGAAGCAAUGUUUUUGAUAUUUUAAUUGGCCUAGGCCUUCCAUGGGCUUUGCAGACCCUAGCAGUGAAUUACGGAUCAUACAUUCGGUUAAACAGCAGAGGACUUAUCUAUUCUGUUGGUCUCCUGCUGGCAUCAGUUUUUGUCACAGUUUUUGGUGUCCACAUGAACAAAUGGAAACUGGAUAAGAAGCUAGGGUGUGUGUGCCUUUCCCUUUACGGCAUCUUCCUGUGUUUCUCCAUCAUGACAGAAUUCAAUGUUUUCACUUUUGUGAACUUGCCAAUGUGCAGAGAUCACUAACAC